GGUCACAUGUAUUGGGUGUUUGGGCUCAUGGCAAUUGGCACCAAUGUCAUCACCCCUACGACGACACUCUAAAAUUUGACUAAGUCUUGGAGCACUCCUCAUGGUGUGAUUAGGGGAGUAGUGAGCAUAUACCCCUUCUCGUGUGGCUAGGAGUGGGGUAGUCAGAAUACCCCCUAGUGUGACGAGGUGGGGUAAAUUUGACUAAAUAUAGAGAGAAUGGUGGUUCUAAGAACUUGACUAAGUGUUGGAGCACCCCUUCUGGUGUGAUUAGGGAGUAAUCAGCAUGCCCCUCUGGUGUCAGUGGGAGGGAGUAAUCAACAUGCCCACUGGUGUGGUCAAAUGAUAUGGAUGGCAAGGAAGAGGAGGGUAAAACACCCCCCCCCCCCCCCCCCCCCCCCCCCCCGCGUGACGAGGUGGGUGCCAACAUAGUUGCCCGAAUUUUGUCAAGGCGAGGAGGCUCAAUGUUGUGUUGAGGAGGGGGUCAUCAGUAUACCACCUGGUGAUUGGUGAAUUAUUUUUUGUCAUAUUUACCCAUGUGAUUCUAAUACUCACCUACAUGUGGCAAGACGGGGUCUUCAUGCCUUAACCGUUUUUCUCAUUCCAAAACUCAAACUAAGGAGAAGCUACAAGAAGAGGGGGUCAAGACGGAAAAAUGUGACAUACUGCUAUUCAAUGUCAGGGCAUCAUUGGAGCAAUUGAGAGGAUAACCGUCACUCCAUGUCAACUGAGCAGUUUCUCGAGACAGUUACUUCUAGUGGUUGUAUGUAAAUAGAAGGUGAACAUGACAGAGAAAGAGUUCACAAUAAUCACAACUUGACACGUAUCAAAUUUUAUCCUUUUAUCUUUUCAUCUUUAAAUUUAGUCAUAGUUGUAAUUAUAGCUCUCACUAAACCAUAAUAAAAGUAUAGUUAAUUUAAUUUAACUUGAUAUCGUGAAUCAUAAAAACAUCGAACACUGUGGUUGAACUUUGUUCAAUGAGGAGCCGAAAAGUGAAAAAGCUAUCACAACUCACAAGCCACAACCCCAAGAAAACGCACCGUUUUGGAAGAACCUGGAAGUUCACUGACCCGAUGCAUUCGCUUUCCCAUAGUUCUUCCCCUGGCUUGGGCGGCACAGUACUGUCGAGCCGGUGGAGGAACGGCGAGGGAACGAACAAAAGCUCAGCCACCUUGGGCGAGUUUUCUUUCUCAUCAAAAUGGAGGACGGUGAACGAGGUGAGGAAGAACAGCUGGAGGUGGAGGUGAAGGAAGGAAUAGCAUCAAUAGCUUUGUUGCCAUGUGGGUCAAUCUCUGGACACUUCAUUCAGCUUCCUGGGUCCAUUUGCUAUGGCCUUCACGGCACUGAGGUAGCUUGUGAAAGAGAGUGCAGCAGGGGUGAGGAUUAUCGCCUGAUCAAGCUUACCAUCAUUGACUAUAAUAGCAAGAAAGAGCAAGAUGUCAUGGUUGAAUGUAGAGGUCACGACGCUGCUCGGUUAUCUAACAUCGACCAUGCUCAUGGGUGGGGAAAAGAUGUUGCUGGAAUGGUAGAAGAUAAACAUGGCAAACAAAGCAAAGUCUCGGUUUCAUUCGAGUGUGAGACCCUGAAAGCUGAUGAAGCAGCUGCAGACCAUAUUAGGCAGUUCAUGCCCAAAUUAUCUGGCCAAGCAGAUGUUGUAGUUAAUAUUGGGAGGAUGAGCAUUUCCGGGUUGAAUUUUGGAGCAGAAGAGUAGAUUAGAUGCCCACCCCUGAGAUUGUGUAGGGACUAAAUACAUUGGCGUAGCCCAUUUACGUCGCAGUGGGGUGCAAGAAGAACUCCAGAUGAUUGUUAGCAACAUCAGCUUUGUGACAUUUGUGUUUCAAAUUGAAAAUUUCAAAGCCUCCUAUCCAUGUAGUGAAAACAAAACGGAGUUAUGUAUUUGUUGAACGUCAGAUGAUCAGAGUGUGAUCUGUAAAAAUGAAGGUUGACGAACUUGUUGAUCGAUGCAAAGUACAGGUCCUGAAAGUCGAGCGGAGACAAAGAUAGAGUCGGAUCCCAUUAUUAGGAGGAUAUUUAUAGGGUAAAGGGCUUUGACAGCUUUUGACGUAAUAAUGUGGCCAUUGAGAC